GGAUAUGCAUGGUCGACGAUCGUGCGAGCACCGAGCACGUACACCGUGUUUUGUGUACGUCAUGUCAUUGCAUGUCAUGACAUUAAGUCAUUAUACUCUCUCUACUCUGUUUUGUCACUGUCUGUAGGUAGUACUAAUGUAAUUUUAUAAGUAUAACGUAUUUGAAGUGAACCUGGCAAUUACUGUGUUGUUUCAGAGUUUGAAAAGCUGGUCUUGGUUACGACCGGCCGGGUUAGGAAUUUUCAUUCACUGCAAACGCGCUUGGAGUUGGAGUUAUAACAGUUUCUCUUCAUCUGACUCUUGACUUGGUUGGUCUUCACCCAACAACAAUAACAACAUCCAACUUCCAAGACCAAGAUCACUCGUACCUAACUAGUGAUGUAGAGAAUCGUCUCAAGAAGCUACCACUAUGAACUACGUGGGCCGUUUUCUGUCUUCCGUCAAGACAUUUUACAGUGAGAUCAAUCCAGCAACGCUUACUGGCGCUAUUGAUGUCAUCGUUGCACAACAGGACGAUGGGUCUUUACUGUGUUCCCCAUUCCACGUCCGAUUUGGUAAAAUGGGCGUGCUCCGAAGUAGAGAGAAAGUUGUUUACAUAGAGAUCAAUGGAGAACAAGUGGAUCUCCACAUGAAAUUGGGAGAGAAUGGGGAAGCAUUCUUUCUUGAAGAAGCGACAGAUGAGGACAAAGUGCCUGCCCACUUGUGCUCUUCGCCACUGCUUUCCACAAUCAAUCUCAUGGAAGAUGGAAUGAAAAAGCUCCACGCUGAAGCUAACCAGGUCCGCAGUGAAUCAGAGAGUAGCAAGGAGUCAGACACCAGUCUAGGGAGAGACACCAGCUCAGCUGAGACACUGGAGAAGAAGGAGAGGAAUGCUGAACGUGUCCUGGAAGCUUUGAAGGAACCUGAAUCAGGAAAUACAAUAGUAGACAUCCGGGACUUGACCAAGGAUGAGCCCGUUGCCAUCACAGUAGAGACCGAGAUUGGUCGCGGCAAGAACAAGAAGCAACUCCAAUUCAAAGGUGCUAUCAAAUCGUCCGACUUUGACAUUGAGAAUGGAUCUGAAGACGAAUCCCAGAAAAGUAAUGUUGCCUCUGCUAUCUCAUCUACAGCCAAAGAAACACUAGUGAGGAUCGAGAAUGAGACUAAGUCCAACCGACGUGGAAGGAUGACUAAGAAACGAAAGCACAGAAGCAGUGGAACAAAACCAACACGGACUGAGAAACCACCUUCUGAUGGCUUCCCAGAGAAGUCAUCCAUCAGCCGUCGCCUCAUGAACCUCUCAGAGUCUAGUACCUCAUCUUCACAGCACUCCGACACUGACGAGGAGAUCUUUGAGAUGGAAGAUGUAUCUGAAGAGGAAGGACCUUCCGGAAGGGCCUUCAAACCACUCAAGAAGGCACAGAGUGAAGUAUGGGGUGAUGUGCACCAGGAGAUGCUGAAAGUCCAGAUACCUCAGCAUCCACUAUCUGAUGGAGACAUAACUCCAGCGAUACUCAGUCCCGUGAGUACGCGCCCUCCAUCACCAAAGAGUGAUACAGAGCUAGAGAUGGCACGUGUAGACCGUAAGCGUAGCAAGUCUACAGGUCACAUCAGGUCAAGCAGUAGCACCGACAAGAUUGAAUGGAACUGGGGUGAGCUUCCAGGGCGCCGCUUGUCCAGACGAUCUUUGUCCGCUGCAGAUGAUGAAAUGUUUGAGUCAUUGCGAAACUUGAAAGGUAAUGAAGACAAAUCUGAGAAGGAGGAAGGAACGGUAGCUGAAGGGGAGUCCACUGAUCUCGAGAGCCAACAGAAGACCGAUGAUAAGAAGUCAGUCUGGAGUAAAUUUAAUGUCUUCAGGAACAUUCAACAUAGUCAGGGUGUAGAGCAGGGCAUGUACUUGCAAGACCUAGCAUCUGAGGAGAUUGAUCCUGAAGUCUAUGCUCUGUACUUCCCAGAAAGGGCUGAGCGUUCCAAUAGGAUAGAUGAACUCCGUGAUGAGGACAAGUCUUCUGAUCUUGGGUCAUCCCUUCCACAGUCUCCUAACACAGUGGAGGAGGUGUCUGGAGGUGUGGCUUACCAGGAUGAUAGCAGUGAGUCUUCCAUGGAACUUCAGAUGUCACUCUGUGGUGGGCUGAAAGAGGAAGAUGACAGUGUACCCCACGAUGUCUUUAUGAAGCACCUAGUGACGUAUGAUGAGUUCUGCAAGUCUCCAGGACUUCUCUCCAACCCUAACCUUGUAGUCAGACUCGAUGCCAAGUACUACAAUUGGCAAGCAGCAGGACCUGUCAUCAUCUCCUACCUUGCAUUCCGUAGACCCCUCCCUGAGCCUGUUGUGACGACACUCAUGAAAGACCAAGUUCCCAAGGGGAAGCGUAGCCUGACCUCCUGGCUAUGGGGCCCUGCCAAACCACCGACAACACCAACCAAAAAGGGGUCUGAGUCUAACGGUGAAGCCAGCGGUGAAGUGGCCCAAGAUAGAGAGGAAUCAAGGCAUCGAGAUGACACUGUGUAUUGGAGUGACGAGACUGAAUCCAGUGAGAAAGCUGCAGAACCAGACCAUCAGACAAUCUCUGGCUCUCCUAGUAACAUCUACAAGAAGUCCAUCAGGCUGUCAUCCGACCAGCUGGCGAAGUUGAAUUUGAAGCCUGGUCCAAACGUUAUCAAGUACUCAGUAACAACCAGGUAUCAAGGCACAACAUCGUGUGAAUCUACUAUAUAUCUCUGGAAACACGACAGCAAGAUCAUCAUCUCCGACAUUGAUGGAACCAUCACAAGGUCUGAUGUCUUUGGCCAGAUCUUACCCGUCCUCGGCAAGGAUUGGACCCAUGGUGGAGUCGCUCAACUCUUCUCUCAAAUCCAGAAGAAUGGUUACGUUGUCCUAUACCUAUCCUCCAGGGCCAUUGGCCAGGCUAGGCAUACCAAAGGCUUUCUCAAAAGCGUCUGUCAGGAUAAAUUUGCACUGCCGGAUGGACCACUGCUGCUCAAUCCUAGCUCACUCAUACGGGCAUUCCAUAGGGAGGUGAUUAUCAAGAAGCCUGAAGAGUUUAAGAUCCGAUGUCUGAAGGACAUUCAAUCAUUAUUCCCAUCCAGCAUGAAUAGCACGCCCUGCAACCCCUUCUAUGCUGGCUUCGGUAACAGAAUCAAUGACACUUGGGCCUAUAGGGCAGUAGGCAUUCCAGUAUCCAGGAUCUUCACCAUCAAUUCACAGGGGAAAGUCACCCACGAUCACACCUAUACCUUCCAAUCCUCGUACCCCAAGAUGCAGGCCCUAGUGGAGCAUGUCUUUCCCUCGCUCCAUCGUCAGCAAACCAUGGCAUUCGUCUCCCCUCAUGAUUACAGCUCCUUUACGUUCUGGAGGGAACCAAUCCACAGUCUACCGGACGAUGAUGAACUUGUCAAAUCACUGACAGCGAAGGACAAGAAAUGAGCAAAGGUCACGGGAGGUUGCUGGUGCAUGGUGUGGGUGUCUGUACCUACAUGCAAAGGCCGCCCUCUAGUGUCGGAGUCAUGAGCAGGGUUUGUAGGAAGCUGAUGUACUGCCUGGCUCAUGAAAGAGCUGAUGAUAUGAAACUAAGUCUGAGUCUAGGUCCUGUGCCAAGACCAUUGAACAAUACGUAUAUUUAUCUGGAGUGUUGCUUGUUGGGAUUGUGGUGGAAAUUCAAACCAUGCCAAGUUCAAUCGCAGCAGUGAGGGAGUGUUUGGUAUCCAAACACAUGUUAUUAGUUUGUGUUUAAAACAAGCAAAGGUCAGCAUAAAAGACGUUUUUAAUUAAUCAAUUAAUCUUGCUGUUACAAAAACAAAUUCUCUUGUAAAAUGUCUUGAUAGACGAAAUCCAUCUGGGUGUAUGUGUUCAAGUGAUGGGGCUGGUGUGGCUUUGUGACUCGUGGUCAGAGAGUAAGGGAUUCAAAUCCUCCUGUUGGCCAUAUGCUGUGUCCUUGGGCAAGCCACUUUAACUCCACUUGCCUCUCUUAACCAAGACUUGGAAUGGGUUCUGGCAUUAGCUGGGGGGGGGGGGUGUUUCACUUGUGAUGGAUGGGUAGUCCAGUCAUGGGAAUUGAAAUACACCCAGUUGCAUCAUGCCAUGGACCCUGUUGUAACAUGCCGGCUUGAUGAGCCAUGAGCUUGAUGGCUGUAGACAGACUUGUAUGUACAAGUAUUGGCCUAGUUGAGAUAUGGCAGACACACUAGGAGGGCCUUGUUUGAUUUGGGUCAAGUCUUUUGUAGUUACCCAAACCAAAAAGCGACCGCCUAUAGUGUCACGAUAACUCAAAAAGGCUCAUUGGCACAGGACACUAGACAAGCAUUCACUGCCAUAGAUGAUGUUGAUUGGACAUAUGUGUGUGUGUGUGUGUGUGUGUAAAACUUUGAAACCAAAUAUAUUGUACAGAAAACGAAAUAAUUCUACAACUGGAAAUAAACUAUGAAUAUAUGAUAUUUAAUAAUAAUAAUAGUGGAUAUUUAUAAAGCGCACGUAUCCACCAGGACUGGUGCUCAAGGCGCUACAUCAUUUGAAGCAAUCAUUGUAAAGAAGAAGUGAAAUAUGAAACUGAAGUAUUUAAUGAGAGUUUGAUAGUUGGAGAAAAGUAUAGACAAAUAUUUGAAGUGUAUUGCGAUAUCAUUAGCACUAUAGCGAAACACUGUUGCAAAGAUUUUGUUUGAUGAAGAUGGGAGGGGGGGGGUCGAAUGUUUACCUAGUUUUCACAAUUACAAGAACAAAACUAGCCAAAUUUAGUGAUAAUUAUCGGUUUUGUUCAGUGCAUGCAGUGUAACACUUGUGGUAAUGGAUUGUAUACAUGUAAAGAAUCUUAAUUGUCUGGGUACAACUGAUAACUUUCAACACUACUGAUUGCUUUCAACAUGAGCAUCACAGUUAAAGAAGGGGUAGAGUCUACUCCAAACAAUGCCACAAUACUAAAGAGUUAUUGUACUUGUGAAAGUGAAUUAUACAUUAAUGCUUUGGUACCACGGGAAAGUAAAAAGGUAGGUCUGUCUGUGUUUUCAUGUGUAAGUAAAUGAUCUAUCCAUUAAGAUUUUAAAAUUUAUUUUAUGCAUUUAUCAGAUGAGAUUGUUAAACAUAUCUUCUGCUGCUUGCUUUUUAAAAGUAAGUUGGUGCCUUGGUUUUUACAGAAUCUUCCUUUUUUUAUUAUUUUGUUGUUAGAGAGCAAAAGUAUGUAGGAGUGAAAAAUUAGUGGAGAAAGCUUAUUGCAAAUUGCAGGAGAGUUAACGCUUGUUACUGAGAGCUUUUUUGAUGGCUAAAUGGAAAUUUGUUUGGCAGGACAAACUUAGGGUCAGGAGGGUUCUGUAACUGUGUUCUCUUAGCAACAAACACUAGCACAAUACAUUAAGCCCCGCCCACUGCACACAUGGGCAUGUGCGCCUCUCCAAUGCAUGCUCCAGCUGUGCAUGUCGUACACAUGUAUGCCAGACUUGUGUGCAUGUUGGGAAUUAAUCAUGGCUGUGAUUGGUCCAAAUGCCAUGGGGCGGAGCUCACAUGAAUCGGUCCAUUAAAUUGAUUCACUUAAGUUGUUGUCAACACCCACCUUGCUGUGCUCAAGGCAAUAGUUUGCUAGUGCAAAAAAAAAAAAAAAAAACCAGACCCAGAAUGUCUACCGCUAUUAUGGUCCAUGGUGUCGGCAUCUCUUUGAUGAUGACAGAAGUCUACUGUCAUUCGGUGCAUUAUUUUAAGUCAACAAACAUUUGGCGUUUGAUCUGAAAUAGAGCAGACUUUUUUUUCAAAGACAUAAACUCGAAAAGUUUUUUUUUCGGGAGAAACUUUAGAGCAGAAAUUGAACCUGUGGUGACAGGUGUACCUAGCUUACUGCUCACAGAGCUUUCCACUACAAGCUUUAGAUUGACUGCCUCUCGAAUUGAUGUGCUCUGUAGCCAGGGAACAUGCGCAAAUGUAUGCAAAGAUAUUAAAAGGUUUACUAAAGAAAUACUGUUGAGUUCUUAUUCUCUCAAGAUCAUAAUGAAAAACCGUCCCCAAAAAGCCCUUUCCCCCAAAAAAUUUGAGUUCUGUUUGGGCUCUAUAUUGCAUAUAAGAACCACAAGAUACUUAAGUGGUAUAACAAGACAAUCAAGGAUUGUAUAAAAUAAUUUGUCAGUUUGUUGCAUUAGGUACUUGUCACUGUACGAAAUGGGUAAUUAUAGCUGAAUUUAAACAUUUGCCAUAUGCCCCUGCCAAUGACAGGCUGCAUAGCAUUGGUAGGGCGGGCAUUGCGCACAGAAAGAGCAAUGCAAGUAAUGUUAACACUGAAGAAAUUAUUGUAAAUAUCAUAUCAAUUCUAAAGACCAAAGCAGAAUCUUUUUAUUGUUUUAAUUUACCAAUGGCAAUGCUGCACUAUUAUAUUAUGAAGCCAGAAAUGAAACAGUUGUAAACGAUUGUGUUUUAUGUAUAAAUACUUUAUUGUUUUCUCAAAUAUUGAUGUUUUACUUUUAUUGACUUACAGUAGGUUGAUUGCAAAUGAACAUAUACUUUAUCUUCCUUUACAUAAUAAUAUCCUAGCAGUUCUGCAGCUAAGUUGUAUUGUAACUACUUGUUGAUUCCAGGAUUGUUCCCACUUUCCUGACAAAUGCUACUGGGAAAUAAAACGUUCACUAAAAAUGAGCUGAUUUUUUACUCUGCCACUAUUACAGGUAUUUAGUAUUUCAACAUUGUUCAUAGACUCCACAAAUGAAUAGUGUUUGUUUUUUUACCGGCAGUGAUAUUUAAAUAAGAGAUUAUCGAAGAAAUUUCAUCCAGGCAAAAUUGUGCUUCUCUAAGUUAUGAUGAUAAAAUAACAUUGGUUUGUGGAUAAAAUAGGAUGGUUACUUUGAAUACAGUAGUUUUUGUUGAAGUGAUGUUUGUUUUUUCAAGAGUUGAUAGCAUUGAAAAAAAAAAACCACCUUAAAAAUGUCAUCUCUUCAUGCCUAAAGACAGCAUCAGUGAAUGAGGGUUUAUUCACUCAUACCCAGAUGUAGACUCGUAUAGCAGUAGUGGUUAUGUUUUACAUUGAUGACUAUGCCACCUCAUACACGUGCUGCAGUUGCUUCCUAUCAGGUUGUGUUUAAGGAAAAUGCUAUGUUCAAGAUGUGCUGAAAUGACCUCCAUUCCCUUGGCUGAAGUUGGGCUUGCUUGCUUGCGAGGCAGGACAACUUUGCUCUGUCUGUUUCCCCUAUUUUGAGUUACAUUUUACGUAAAUAGUUUCUGUAGUUCAAUAUUAGUUUUUUAAAUUCUUCCGAUCUGGGAGGAAAAUAAGAGUAAGCCAGCUAAUAAAGUACGUCAAAUUAUCUGCAUCCAGAUUCUCAGAUGUGCUAUUGUACGGAUAUUUAUUUUGGCUUGUGCACUUUUUGUUCGGCAAUCACCUCUGAUUGUUCACGUAUACAUGACCAUGUCACCAGUUUCAUUUGUGUUUUUCCGUUCAACAUUUCAGUAACAACAUGCACUAGACAUUUUAUACAGGAUAUUUAAAGCGUACAAUGCUUUACAGGAAAACUGUGAAAACAAUGCAUCGUGUUUCAUUGUGAAACCUUUGAAUGUGGCUUCAGGCAUGGAUUGAUUGUCAGGUCAAACGUUACAUGUAGGCACAUAUACAUUGUAAUACCUUUUUAGCUUUCAUCUUUUUCAUCUAGAAUUUAUGGUCAUUGGUGCUACAGACAAUGUUUUUGGUUCAUUACGCAUAAUUCCAAGGAUUUGUGUAGCGGAGAAUAAAGCACAUUAUUUGAAUAUUCUCAUUGAAGGCGUGUAUGAAAGUAAUUUCCAAGUUGUUCGCGAAUCAGAAAAUUUAAUUGAAUGAAAUCAUCCGUAAUAAACAGUCGUAAAAAUUA